GGUAUGGACUUCAAGAAGAGCCGAUAUGGAAGGUUCAUGAAUGGCAGAGUUCCAUCCAGUAGGAGAUACCAGCCUACAGACUACGAACAUGCUGCCAACUGUGCCACACAUGGACUCUGGAUCAUCCCCAGCCUGGUGGGCGGGUCUGUACUCUACUUCCUGUCUGUGGACCAAUGGCAGGCUGCUGCUGCCUGGUUGUACGGGGCGGGGCUUAGUGGUCUAUUCAUCUCCUCCACUCUGUUUCACACCGUGGCCUGGAAGAUCAGACACCUGCGUAGAGUGGAGCAGCGUUUCCACAUGUGUGACAGAAUGGCCAUCUACUUCUUCAUCGCUGCUUCCUACACCCCCUGGUUGAUGCUGAGGGAGUUGGGUCCGUGGUCGAGUCACAUGCGAUGGAUUAUCUGGAUCAUGGCAGUUAUCGGCUCCACAUACGUCUUCUACUUCCACGAGAGGUAUAAACUGUUGGAGUUACUAGGAUACGUGGCCAUGGGGGCGGGGCCUGCACUUGUCAUCCUGUCCAUGGCGGACAGGGCAGGUUUGUGUGAGCUGGCGGUGGGUGGGAUUUUCUACGUGGUGGGUGUGGCCUUCUUUAAGAGCGAUGGAGUCGUCCCAUUCGCUCACGCCAUCUGGCACCUGUUCGUUGCCAUGGGAGCAGCUACACACUACUACGCUAUCUGGAGACACCUGUACACACCUGGACACUGAGACACACCUACCGUGGUGCUAGCUAAACAGGGAUCUGGUCCUGUACACACCUAGACACUGAGACACACACCUACCGUAGUGCUAGCUAAACAGGGAUCUGGUCCUGUACACACCUACCGUGGUGAUAACUAAACAGGGAUCUGGUCUGACUGUUUACAUGAUGACAUCACCACAUCCAACUCAUCCAUCCAUUACAUUUAUUAGUAGAAGUACCACAUGCUGGAAACAGGCUUUGAUUAUAUAAUGCCUGUAUGUUCCACACCAGAAGGAUCUCUGUCCAAUUAGAAACAGGAAUCAGUGAAUUGAAGGAUCUCUGUCCAAUUAGAAACAGGAAUCAGUCAACUACCAGAAGGAUCUCUGUCCAAUUAGAUACAGGAAUCAGUCAACUACCAGAAGGAUCUCUGUCCAAUUAGAUACAGGAAUCAGUGAACUGAAGGAUCUCUGUCCAAUUAGAGACAGGAAUCAGUCAACUACCAGAAGGAUCUCUGUCCAAUUAGAGACAGGAAUCAGUCAACUACCAGAAGGAUCUCUGUCCAAUUAGAGACAGGAAUCAGUGAACUGAAGGAUCUCUGUCCAAUUAGAGACAGGAAUCAGUCAACUACCAGAAGGAUCUCUGUCCAAUUAGAUACAGGAAUCAGUGAACUGAAGGAUCUCUGUCCAAUUAGAGACAGGAAUCAGUCAACUACCAGAAGGAUCUCUGUCCAAUUAGAAACAGGAAUCAGUCAACUACCAGAAGGAUCUCUGUCCAAUUAGAGACAGGAAUCAGUCAACUACCAGAAGGAUCUCUGUCCAAUUAGAAACAGGAAUCAGUCAACUACCAGAAGGAUCUCUGUCCAAUUAGAGACAGGAAUCAGUCAACUACCAGAAGGAUCUCUGUCCAAUUAGAGACAGGAAUCAAUGAACUGAAGGAUCUCUGUCCAAUUAGAGACAGGAAUCAGUCAACUACCAGAAGGAUCUCUGUCCAAUUAGAGACAGGAAUCAAUGAACUGAAGGAUCUCUGUCCAAUUAGAGACAGGAAUCAGUCAACUACCAGAAGGAUCUCUGUCCAAUUAGAGACAGGAAUCAAUGAACUGAAGGAUCUCUGUCCAAUUAGAGACAGGAAUCAAUGAACUGAAGGAUCUCUGUCCAAUUAGAGACAGGAAUCAAUGAAUUACCAUAAAGAUCAUCAAGGACAUCAACCACCUGAGCCACUGCCUGUUCACCCCGCUAUCAUCCAGAAGGUGAGGUCAGUACAGGUGCAUCAAAGCUGGGACCGAGAGACUGAAAAACAGCUUCUAUC